AAACAAGCUAUUGAUGCAGUGACUGAUAUUAACAUGCUCAGGGUGUUCAAGACUUUGCUUGAGACCACAUCACAACUUUUUCUUCAGAUUUACAUCCUCAUAGGACAUGGUAAAACUAAUUUCUAUCAAUAUGCUGCCAUUAUUAUAUCUUUUGUUGGUAUCUCCUUAUCAAUGGUUGAUUAUCAGAUAUCACUAAGAAAAUCUCUGCCUGACAAAGAUGAAUUUCCUGUGCUUUCCAAGUUCAUGUAUCUCUUCUAUAAAUUGCUUACAAUCACUUCUUGGAUACUCAGUAUUCAUUGAUCACUCUUAGUGUCACUAAGUGUCAGAGUUUCUCUAAUUCUACUGAUAUUUCUUUGGAUCUGUGACUUCACUUGGACUUUAAAACAGCAUACAACAUUUUGCAAGUCUAAAAAUAUGGAAUAUCUGUACAUAACAGUAGUUGAAAUAAUUCAAUUUUUUUCAUUUUUUAACAUAAAGGGGAGAAGAACAAAAGUUUGCAUUUCUAUUUCUUUUGCUACUCAUACUGUAAAGACUCUAGGUAUUUUGUUUGUAUAUAUGUUCUGGAAACCUUUCAUUAUCAAAGAAAUAUGUUUUACAAUUCUAAGUGCCUUAACUAUUUUGAGUUUGGUGUUAGGUAUUAUUUUUCUUAUUGUUUAUUACAGCCAUUUUCAUCCCACUAUUUAUUGCACACAUCAGGCAUAUUCAGAUGAAGUUGACAGAGUGGCAGGGCAAAAAGAACAAAAACUGGUAGAUUUCAGAAUUUCUUAAUGCAAUGAACAUUACAGGUUUUUUUUGUUUGCUUGUUUUUUUGUUUUGUAUUGGUUAUUUUUGUAGCCUUAAAAGCAAAUUCUUGCUGACAGUGUGUUUCUCUGUCAUUAUUACUUAUGUUAUUAUUACUGAAGAGUACAUAGUAGACUAGAGUUUUUUGUUUUGAAUAACUGUUUUCCAAAAUACAAGGACUCUGUAACAUGAACAUUUAUGUACUGGUGAAAGUUACUUUUGGCAAAGAAAUUAUUUAAUCUAUUCAUCCAACACAAUUCAAAGCUUUAGUUUUCUAGCAAUGCAAAUGUAACAUAAGAAAAGCUGAGAGUUAAUUAAAUGAAAUAUAGCAUUCUGUGAACUUAUGUUGAUUCUGUUAAAAACAAGGCUUGUUUGGGUUUUUUUGGGUUUUUUAUUGUUUUUUUUCCUUGCUGGAAGGGAAGAAGAGUGCUUUUAAAAUAACUGAGGGCGUUAAUAAGUGAUCAGUUUUCUGCUUCUCCCCAUUACUGUAAGAGCUGCAGUCCUUCAUGUUAACACACUGGUACUGCCUUCUCCCUGAACAUCCCCUCCAGAAGAAUAGCUUUGAUUUAUGGCUCAAUCACUGUCUUGCCACAAGGAAAUUUGGGGAGAUAUUUUCAAGCAUUUUAUCAUCUAGGUGUUUUAAAGACUUCUUUUGUUGAUUUUGUUCUGUUAAACUUUCACAAAGUCUUCUGUAUUUAGGGGUGAUGGCAGCUUGUUCUGGGAUGUGAUAGCAGCCUGAGUGAUUUAUGGAUGGCAACAGUAAUCUUGUAUGCAA